CAUUGCUGUACAGUUUGGAGCUUCACCCCGGCCUGUGUGUCUGUUUUAGCUGGUUUUAGCUCUAACGCAGAUUUAAGCUUCAUUAGUGUGUCAGGAAUGGAGAGGAUGGCCUCCCCCUCCAGCGACAAAACCGUUGGGUCUAAAAAGAAAAACGAGAAGAAAAUUGCGUCUAAGGAGGAAUACAGACUGCUGUCAAACAUAAUGGGAGUCAUGAAUAACUUGAGGAAGCAGGGGAUCCUAUGCGACGUGAUUCUCGUGGUGCAAGGGAAACAUAUCCUCGCACACAGGGUGGUCCUGGCUGCUGCGAGCCACUUCUUCAACCUCAUGUUCACCACCAACAUGAUGGAGGCCACAAACCAUGAGGUGGAGCUUGGAGGUGCAGAGCCUGAGAUCAUUGAGCUGCUGGUGGAAUUUGUCUACACCGCCCGCAUAUCUGUCAACAGUAACAAUGUCCAGUCCCUCCUCAAUGCCGCUAACCAGUACCAGAUAGAACCAGUGAAGAAAAUGUGUGUGGACUUUCUGAAAGAGCAAGUGGACGCGACUAAUUGUCUUGGCAUUAGUGCGCUGGCAGAGUGCCUUAACUGUCCGGAGCUGAAGACCGCAGCGGAUGAGUUCAUCUAUCAGCACUUUACAGACGUGUACAAAUUGGAUGAGUUCUUGCAGUUGGAUGUGAAGCAGGUCACACAUCUUCUCCAUCAGGACACGCUGACGGUCAGAGCCGAGGAUCAGAUUUACGAUGCGGCGGUGCGGUGGCUGAAGUAUGACGUGAUGAACCGACAGCAGUACAUUGUGGACAUACUGAGCAAAGUACGGUUCCCCCUCGUCUCCAAGAACUUCCUCAGUAAGACCGUACAAGCAGAGCCAUUGAUCCAGGACAACCCUGAGUGCCUCAAAAUGGUCAUCUGCGGAAUGCGUUACCAUCUCCUGUCCCCUGAGGACAGAGAGGAACUGGGGGAGAGCAGCCGCCCGCGCCGCAAGAAGCACGACUUCCGCAUCGCACUGUUCGGCGGCUCACAGCCGCAGUCCUGCCGCUACUUCAACCCCAAGGACUACAGCUGGACCGACAUCCGCUGUCCCUUUGAAAAACGGCGGGAUGCCGCAGCCGUUUUCUGGGACAAUGUGGUGUACAUCCUGGGAGGCUCUCAGCUCUUCCCCAUCAAAAGAAUGGACUGUUACAACGUGGUAAAGGACAGCUGGUAUUCUAAACUGGGACCACCGAACCCCAGAGACAGCCUGGCAGCCUGUGCCUCCAAAGGCAAGAUCUACACCUCAGGAGGAUCAGAAGUGGGAAGCUCGGCGCUGAACCUGUUUGAGUGCUACGACACUCGGACGGAGACGUGGCAGAACAAGUCCAGCAUGUUGCAGCCUCGGUGCAGCCACGGCUCCGUGGAGGCCAACGGCCUCAUCUACGUGUGCGGAGGCAGCCUGGGCAACAAUGUGUCCGGCAGAGUCCUGAACAACUGUGAGGUGUAUGACCCUAACACAGAGGAAUGGAGAGUGCUGUGCGGUAUGAGGGAAGCCAGGAAGAACCACGGCCUGGUAGUGGUCAACUCGAGGAUCUAUGCUGUGGGUGGACAGAAUGGCCUUGGUGGUCUGGACUCGGUGGAGUAUUACGAGAUAGGCAGUAACGAGUGGAAAAUGGCUUCGCCGAUGCCGUGGAGAGGAGUCACCGUUAAAUGUGCAGCGGUGGGAUCAGUCAUCUACGUGCUGGCCGGCUUCCAGGGAGUGGGCCGCUUGGGGCACAUCAUGGAGUACCACACAGAGACGGACAAAUGGGUGACCUCCAGCAAAGAGCGCGCCUUUCCUGUCACCAGCUGCCUCAUCUGUGUGGUGGACACCUGCGGAGCCAACGAGGAAGACGUGAGCUCUUUUCAUGAACCUUCAUCAUCAACUGCAGCAGCAACAGCAGCAACAGCAUCUUCUUCGUCCUCCUCGUCCUCAUCAUCCUCAGCUUCUGCAGGGCAUGGACAGUGCUGAGGUUGGACCGCAUAGACUGCAGUGUUUUCAUCCUUUUAUGUACCUUUUUAUGUAGUGUUUUUUUAAUGUUUUAGUCAUGGCCUUGCUGAUGGAGAAAGCAAACCGAAAAAGAAUCUCGCAUCACUGCCUUACUUGAACUGAGCAAAACUCUCUGAACAUCCAACUUUCAAGUCCAUUGAUGUUUCACAUUUUCUCUAUAAUUAAGUGGUUAAGAUGUAAGCAAAGUUGUUAUGAAAUGAGCCAUUCUAGAGUCAAAAUGGUUCACAGUGGUGGUGAUAGGAACCAGACAUCUGCACAGUUUAGUGCUCCCUCAUGGAAAGUUAUUACAUACCACGGUUGUGAAUACAUUGCCUGAUGCCUGAGACAUUGUUUUCUGAUAGUUUUCUGAUAGUUUAAUAGGAAGGUGUUGUCCUUUUAAAUGUAUGCAUGGUGGAGAGAACACGCAAGCCAAAAUAGUCUCAUUAGAAAAGUUUUUUAUUAAAUUUACCAUCAUUAGCAUUGCACAUAAAAGCUGAGAAGACUGGUUCACAAAUUGUUUCAGAUGGUAAGUUUAAUGGCUAUAUUUGUACUGUAGAUGUCAUGAUCUCUAGUUCCUAUCAGCACCACUAUAAAGACAUCAAAAUUGAAGAUUCUGUUCAUUUCCCCAAACUGAAUCAACCUCCUUAGAGGAGGAUUGGUCAAUUUUGUUUACAUCUUAACAAUUUAUUCAUGCAGAAAUUGUUAUUUUUUUAAGCAAACUACAUUUGUUUGUGCCCUGCUGAUAUCAUGCUAGUUUGAUCUUUGUUGAAGAGCAUUAGUGGAUUAUUAAGAUCAUGAUUCCCGUUUUCUUAAACUUGUUUUCGCUUUGAAAUAUGAGGAACAUCAGUUUAUAAAUCGUUAAACUGCUUUUAUUCAUUCAUAAUAAAGUGUAUAAACACAA